UGCAGAUGAAAUGAAGUGUUUGAACUUUUAAGUGGAGCGAAUCGAUAUGAAUCUGUUGAAAAUAUGUCUGCAUAAAAUAUACUCAUGUGUUCAUUGUAAUAUUGAUAGUUUAUUAAUGAUGUAAACUAAUCGUUGAUAUUGGAUUGUAGCUUUAUAGGCUCUAAAAUUACCAUAGCUUGAUGUAUUCACUAUAGUAUAUUGUGAUGUUUUUUGUACACGCUUAUCUACAAUAUUCUGAUGUAUGACAGUGGAGACUGUUGUUGCUGCUGCUUUGAUUUUCAAGUUCUUUUAGUUCCAUUUUUAUUAUGCUACAAUAUUGCUCUUGCUAUUGUUGAGUUCCUAUUCUGGGGUUUUGUGAGAUCGGAAACUGUCCAUAGACAGCUGCCUGUGGGGCUUUGACAGGUUCAACAAGGACUAAAAUAGGUGCAACAAUAAACUUUGUCACCUUCUACUUGGUUGCAUUGCCUGUACUAGUUGUUAUGGCAUUUUCGGUCAAGGUUGGAUUUAUCGGUCUGUGGUUUGGGCUCGCAGCAGCUCAACCAGCUGGUGUACCUGAUGCAACCAGCUGGUGUACCUGAUAUAGCCUGCUACAGUAUCUGAUAAUAACGCAGAUUGUAAACACUUCUUUAUUGCAAGUAUUAUGUUAACGGUGUGAAAAAAACUAGUCUGCCCCCCUAGAGAUUUUUUUAGUCUUUUUUUGUUUCUUGGUUAAAAAUUUAAUCAAGCCAGGUCGUCGAGCACCUGUCAAAAUUUGAAAAUGUAUGCACAGUCCGCAGCAAACCUCCGUGCCUCUUCCUUUGCCGAGGACCAGUCUCAUAUUAACUAGUUCUACUUACAAGGCUUUUGACUAUGGCUGAGUAUGAGUAGUGCCAGGUGCUUGUAGCUUAACUCUUGCAUAGUUGCAUGCAUAGGGGCUCAUUCAGUUAUCCAUCCUGUUGCAUGGAAACAAACUGUGGUUUGAUAUUUAACUUAAGAAAGGACUUUAAUAACCAAAUUAGGAGAUUCUAUAGCUAUGUUAUUUUAUGUGGAGCUUUUUCCUUUCUGUUACUUUUCAACUAAAUCUAAUAGCAUUUGCUUACUUCUAAUUUUCAAGGGAGAUGAAGCAUCAUUGCAAAAAGCGCUGCAUUUGGUGUACAACCUCAAUCAGGACUGUGUAGAUGUUCUGUUUUAUGCUUCUUGGUGCCAGUUCUCGAGGAACUUCAGACCAAGCUAUUCAACCCUGUCUUCCUUAUAUCCAUCUAUUCCUCAUUUUGCAAUAGAAGAAUCAGCCAUCAGACCAAGGUGUAAACUUGGUGAAUGUCGUAUCCUCUUAUGUGAGCCAGGUUCCAAGCACAGGUUGCAGAAAUUGCAGUUGAAUUUUCCUAGGACCGUAGCUACCAUGGAUGAUCAUCGUGAUAAUGAAAUACAGGGAAUUGAUGGAGCUAGUCAUCCUACGGGGGAAUCACAAGGUACCAACACUAGUAAAAAGACCAAAUUCCGUGGUCCGUCAAAAGGAGUUCAAGCCAAAAAGCCUAUGCAUCUUCAGUAUAAUCAAUAUGGAAUCCCCGAUGGAGAAUGGUCAGGAGAAUACGGGAAGCAAGUUGGGUCUUGUGCUGCUAGAAUUAACAUUAAUGUGAAAGAAUAUUCAACGUUAGAUGAACACACAAAGAAGGGGUUUUGGGAGGAGACCAAGCUUCUGUUCCACAUUAUUGAUGAUCCGGCUAAAAGGAGAGAAAAAUAUUUUCAUAUGUGUGUGGCGAAACGCUUUGGAGCUUUCAAGUCCAGGUUAACGCGGCGUUGGAUAACUAAGAAAGAAAAAAUGCCGAAACAUCAGACAAAUGACAUGCCUUGGGACAUCUACCAUCAAAUCACAGAGGAUGAUUGGAAAACAUUUGUGAUAGAACGAAACAAGCCGGAGAUGUUGGUUCGUAGAGAAAAAGCAAGUAAAAGUGCAUUACAAAACAAGCACCCACAUCGCACAGGCCAAAAGGGUUAUGUUAGAAAGAGACCAGAGUGGAUAAAUGAUGGGCGACUACCGCCAGAGGCAGCUUUAACCCUCUCAAGUGGCUCCUCCUCAGUGACCUCAUCACUCACCACAGCGCCAGAUAUAUUUAAGAAAGGGAAAGUGGGAAGUUGA